UUGUGAGAAAGAAAAAAAACUUUACCAGUAGUACCUGUGGCUACUAUUUUGCUCUUUAGCACCAUGUGUCUUACUGUUAUCCUCUGCACCAUGACAGGAAAAGAUUGGGUGUGGUAAUUAGACUGCUGACCUGGGACUCAUCAGAGUAACCUGGUUAUGCAUCUGUAGUCAUGGGCAAGUCACUUCUCUGGGCUCCUGUUUCUACACAUCUUGAGCUUCCCUGGUAAAAAGUUCUGCAAGGAGCUAUUGUGAAAGAAACAUGAACUACAGUGAGCAGUGCAAAAAUUACUUCUAUAUUUCACUCUGUAAGGCAAUAGGUGCUGGAAGGGAAACUGCCCUGCUGAUCUGGAAAAAAAAAAACCCCAAACCCAGCAAUGCUGCUGUGUGCACUGAAUGAUCUGAGCCUGGAUGAAGGUAAACACAUGGCCAAGUGCACAUUGGAGAAAAACUUUUGGCAUUUUCGUGUUGCUCACGUUUCACUGAAUGUGAGUCUAAUCUGUGAAUGCUGUCUAAAGGUUAUUUUAUAAUCCAAAAGUUUCAUCGAUUGCUAACAAACUCGAGUAGCAGAGCAGUCUACAGAGGGAGCAAUGACAAAGCAGCUUAUUUAUUUCCUGCCUCAGUAUGGUAGAGUAGCGUGCCUGCAUUUGUCAGCACACUGUUUUUUAUUCCCGGACCAAGGUAGCAGAGGAAGCCAUAUUCCAGAAGAGGAGCUGGACAUCUUAGAAACCUCAGAAAUAUGAGUUCUUGCAAAAGUAAAUUUCAGGUGUUGGUAAAACAGCCAACAGUAGACACACAACCUGAGGAUUUGCAUUAGAUUAAAAUAUUUUCUCCCUUCUCUCUCUUUUUUUUUUUUCCCUCACUUUUUCGUCUGAAAAAGUGAGAAAAGAGACUGAAAGGGGAAACAGCAAAGCAUAUUUUCCUUUGGUACAAGGGUUUCCUUCAAACCCAAAACCUCUGUUUGUUUUUCUUCAGCGAGAAGGGACACAAAGCCUGAUCUCGCUGAAGAGGCUGGCUCUGAACUCGGGGAAUCAAAGCGGCGCUUUCCGCCGGGUAUUGGACACAGCAGAAUUUUGCAGGGCUUGGCUUUCAAAUCAAUGCUGCAAACUCCCUUCCCGCCCUUCACUCGUUCGGGGUUUCCUUCCCCUCGUUGCCAACAGCAGCGACGCCAAGCGCAGAAGGUCGAGCCGAGAUCUGUGGAGAAGGGCAGGGGCUCGGGCCCGUGCCGGGAUGAGGCGCUGAGGGCCGGCGGGAGCUGCGCCGCGGAGGGAGGAGGAGGAGGGCGGGAGGAGGAGGAGUUGAGAAGCCCGGGCUCGGGAGCCUCCCCGCUUACCGCACUAGGAAGUGACGCUUUCGCUGAGUCCCGGAGAGAAAGAAACAAAGUUUGUUGGUUUUUUUUUUCCCCUCCUUCUUCCCUCCCGCCCCCCUCUGCAAAGAGCCGCUCCACGUUCUCCCGCGGCGCCCGCCGUGCCUGGCUGCGCAGGGUCCCUGAAGGAGGCGGCUGAUGGAGCACUAGUUGAGGUUUUUGUAGCUGCAUAGCAGCCGCUUGCAUUCGGCGUGGCAGCUCCUGGGCAGCCCGGGCAGCUGGCAGUGCACACACGGCCUGUGUCUGCAGCGGGGCCGCUCAGUGCGCGCCUCACAGCGCCUGCACAGCCUCUGCUCCUGAGCGGUGUCCAGCUGCAGCCCUUAGUGCUCUGCUGCUCCGAGGGAAAGCUCUGCCCUGCACACCGGGAAGAGGUGUGAAGACAUGCGUUUUGAAUGCAAUGUCCAAGUAUUUAGGAGCAACCACUGGAAUGUGGAUGCAGAGAUAAUCUUGGACCUGUAACUUGAGUGGACCAUACUGACCUCUGAACCACAAAGCGUAAGAGUGAAAAGAAGUGGGAGAAGCACACAAAGAAAAAGGAAGUGAAUGCACUUUCAUCUGGACUUCUUUCCUGCCCUUUUUUAUUAAAGCUGAAUGGAAAAGAAAGACUGCUGUGCCUUUCCUCCCCCAACCUCAGGGAUGGGUGGAUUAUAAACACGGUGUGUGUGGCUGGGAGAAUAGACUGAACCAUGAAUCUUCAGGCUCAGCAGAAGUCUUCAAGCAAACGGGCUGGGAAACGAGUUGCCUAUUUCAAUGAGCAGGACAUAGCUGUGCCAUCAAAAGAACCACAGCAGCAGCUUAAGGAAGGACAGUACUAUGGUCAUGGAGGGAAUAUACCAGUGUCCCAAACGGUGGAGAUUUCUCAUCCAGGAGGAUUAACGAGUGCACCCAACAACAUUGCUUUGAUGAACUCUGUUUACAAUCAAGACAGGGGAGAAUCAGUGAUGAUGCCCCAGUCAGUAACAGCUGUCAAAUGGCAGAAUUCACUAAUGGGAAACCGGUUGCCAGAGAGGGGUGACAGCCACUGGCAGUCUCCAUCUUCAAUGUGGAACCACAGUAUGGUUUUCGGGGGCAACCCAAAAGGACCCCACUCCAAUGCUGGUGCCCCAGGCUUCUAUGGCCACCCAGAAGCCCUUAAAAGAAAUCAAGAGAAAGGAGUGUUUGUGUCACAGCUGGAUUUAUAUGGAGAUGCUGUCCAGCAGAUGAUGUCCCAGAAGGCUCAGCUGGAACAGCAAGCCCUGGUUAGACAACAAGCUCAAAUGAAUUCUUUUCAUCAAAUGCAGAAACAGCAGCAGCAGAAUCAGUCUCUGCCAUUGCAGCCUUUCCAACUUGCAUUUGGUCACCAAGGCCAAAAGCAAGGUCUUCCUGAGUUGUUGCAUGUCUUUCAAGAAGCCCCAACUUCUUCCAGUCCAGCAUUUACUGCACAACAGAAACAGCAAGCUCUUCCCCAGCUACAACUCUUUGAAAAUUUCUAUCCUCAGCAGCAGCAGCAGCAGCAACAGGCUGCCACACAAGCCUUCAGUCUGCAGCAAACAAGUUCUAUGGCACAGCCUCAUGUGGCAGCUGCAGCACCCCAGCAUCACAUGAUGCCACACCAGUUUCAGCAAGCAGAGAGGAACCAGGAGCUAUUCAAAGCAUUAACAGAGCAGAACCAACAGACUGUGCUACCUCAGACCCAGAUUCCCUUUCCAAGAAGGUCACGGAGACUCUCCAAAGAAGGUGGCCUGCUGACAUCUGCAGGAGAAGUGUUGACUUCUAAGCAGGCAGAAGAGCAACCUAGCAAUUUAUUUCUGCAUCACUGGCAAACACAUCAGCAAGAGGUCCCAUUACAGCAGCCACCUGAGUCACUGGCCCCCAAUAAAAGUAGCUAUUUGCACCCCAGAAGAUUGGAUAUGGGGCAGAGGAAUGUCCUGGUCAAUAGUGAGCAGUGCCAGAUGGAAACAGACAGGCAAGGUGCAGCCCAGAACGGCAGAGAUGAGGAGAAACAGGCAGCAGCACCUGAAGAGAACACUCAGAGAACUAAUGAUUUUCAGAGUGUCAGAGGUGGUGUAAUCCAAAGCACCCGACGGAGACGACGUGUUUCUCAAGAGGCCAAUUUGCUGACUUUGGCCCAAAAAGCUGUUGAGCUGGCUUCUCUUCAGAAUGUAAAGGAACUGGAUAAUUCAGAGGAGAAGAAGAGUGUGGUAGUAACAGCUCCAGGACCUACUGCAGCUUCAAAAAGUGUUGUGGAAUUUGCCAGUUCUUCACCAGCUCCCAAAAAAGCCCGGGAGGAUAACAGCCUUGUGCCUCUUAUCAUUCCUGUGUCUGUGCCAGUCAGAAAAAUUGACUUGCAGAGCCUUGAAAAGGAGAAGUCUGAGGAUGGAAAGCUCCAGAGAGGCCAAACAAAUGAUCGAGCUCCUUGUGAACGGAAGCCCUCUGUGAUAGUCACUCGGAGGCGAUCUAAUCGUAAUACUAACACGGAGACCUCGAGCCAGCAUGAAGAUGCUGUUCCAAAGGAUGAAGCAGAGGGCUUUGCCCGAAAACCAAAGCAGCGGCCAAGACCCGAGCCACUCUUCAUACCACCAAAAGCUGGCACCUUUAUUGCACCACCUGUGUAUUCCAACAUUACUCCAUAUCAGAGCCACUUGCGGUCCCCCGUCCGCCUGGCAGACCAUCCUUCAGACAGGAACUUCGAGCUACCUCCGUACACUCCUCCACCAAUCCUUAGUCCAGUGAGAGAGGGAUCUGGGCUGUAUUUUAACGCGAUCCUCUCUUCAAGCGGUCAUUCGGUUCCGCCUCCAAUGACUCCCAAAAGUGGCCACAGAACUCUGCUUAGAUCAAAUAGUUCAGAAGUUACCCCUCCAAUUCUUACAGUAGUGGGGGAAGCCACCCCGGUCAGCAUUGAACCGCGAAUAAAUGUAGGAACGCGCUUUCAAGCAGAAAUCCCAUCACUUCAAGACAGAUCUCUGGCAGAAGCUGAUGAACAUAAAGCAGAGCUGGUGUGGCAGCCAUGGGGUGACUUGGAAACCAACAAAGUCACCCAAGAGAAUGUGGAAAACCUGCUAGCUGCUGCCUGUUCAAGCAUUUUUCCUGGGGCUGGAACCAACCAGGAGCUGGCAUUGCAUUUCUUACAUGAGGAAAAGGGAAGCAUUCUGGGAGCUCUGACCAAGCUGCUGUUGAAGAAGCCAGUGCGACCGCCUACCCACCCUUUGGCAGAUUAUCACUACACAGGAUCAGAUAAAUGGAAGGUUGCCGAAAAAAAGCUAUUCAACAAAGGCAUUGCAAUCUACAAGAAAGACUUUUUCUUGGUCCAAAAGCUUAUAAAAACCAAAACAGUGGCUCAGUGUGUGGAAUUCUACUACACAUACAAGAAACAGGUGAAAAUUGGUCGGAAUGGGACCUUAAUCUUUGGGGACAUUGAUGGUGCUAAUGAGAGAUCUAUGAAAGAUGAAGCUGAAGUUGACAUCAAGAGUUCCCAUAGGUUUGCACGUAUUCUUCCUCUCAGAAGGGAUAUCUUCAGUGAGGAACAGGGGCAUGUAAAGGAGGAGGAGGAAGAGGAGGAAGAAGAGGAGGCAGAGGAAGGCUUGGAUAACAGAAAGAGGAGGGUUGAUGCUCUGAAAGAUGAAGAGACACUACAAGAUGGGUUACUGGCCAGCGACACCAAUAUGAGGAGUCACGAGGGAACUGUUGUGGGCAGAACUGGGAGGAAGCCAAGGGAGACAACAGUGAAGCCUCGAAAGCCUAUUACUGCUCCAGUGCAGAGAAAGAAGAGGAAACAGAAGAUAAAAUCAGAUGCUACCAGUAAAACACAAAACACAGAAAACACAUUUCCAUGUAAAAAGUGUGGCAGGGUGUUCUACAAGGUGAAGAGCCGCAGCGCUCACAUGAAGAGCCACGCGGAGCAGGAGAAGAAGGCGGCGGCGCUGAAGCAGCAAGAGAAGGAGGCGGCGGCAGCGCGCAGCCAGGCCCGGCAGGAGGAGAGCAGUGACAGUGGCAGCAGCAGCAGCGGGAGCAGCAGCGCCAGCUCGGAUGAAGAUGGAGAAAUAUAGCAGCAGACCAGAAGUGGAGGGAGUAGCAAGGCUGGACCCAACCUCCCUCUCGGUGGUCUCACUUUUUUUUUUGCUUGCACUUUUCUUACCUGAACCAUCAGGUUUUGGUUUCAGUGCUGCCAUUUCCUCAUGCCACACGUUCCACUUGACCUUGCCAGUAUGGAAUGGUGGAUAACAAGAUUUGUUUCAACUUGUUUUGUUUUUUUUUUUAAGACUAAUAAGAUUUCUAUUCUAUUUAUAAUGAUAUCUGAGGUACAUAAUAGAACAAUGUCACCUGCAGUGGAAGUAAGUUCUCUCGGGUCAGUCAGACCUUUCUUUUUGUUCUUGUCAGGAAUCGUGGUCGUGGAACUCUUGGAUAUAAAGAUUUCCAGACUGGAGCAAGAAAAUGAAGCUCUACUCUGAGCUAAGUGUAUCCAGUUAUUGUGACACUGGUGAUUUCUAGUUGUUUCCUUUCCCAGAAAGAUCUUUUUCCUUUUAUGCUUUCCUGCCUUUCUUUCUGAGCAGUUAUUCAGGCAGACAAGUUUUGUGGAAAGAUGGUGUGCACUUUUUACCUCUGUUUCACAAAAAUGAAAAGUCCUAUGAGCAAGACACUCUUCCUCCUUUUGAGACUAAGUUUUAUUUUUCAAAUGGAAGCCUGAGGUCAAUUAUCUUACAGCAUUAAGAAUGUAGCAAUGGAUAUAAAAAUAUCCUGUGGGAUUAGAGUAGCCACAGGCCUUGCAGGUUGUCUCAUCUUGGAAAACAAAAUGGUCAGCCUUUGAUUAACUUAAAGGAGUCUGGGCUUCACAAGUGCAAUUUGAAAUGAAAACUCCUGGGUUUGAAUUUACAUAAAUGAGAGUAAGUCUAUUUAGCGAAAAUGAGCCCAGAUCUGCUUGUGUGCUGGAUUGAGUGCAUUUCAGAAAUGGGAGGAAUGGAGUCAUCUCCAGCAGUGAUCCCUCUGUGAAUGUUUUUACUUCUCAAUAUCCUCUUCUGUCUUGUAGCAGCCCUCAUUUACUCCUUGAAAUUGCCAUCAUCAAGCUUUUAUGGUGGAGCCCUAGUUUCAUAGACAGUAUGUACAGGAGAAGCUUUGUCACCUAUGUGCACACCAGUGGCUGGGCACUGCUGCCUGCUGGCUUGUCCUGCUGUGAGCUAUGCUCUUUGCUGAAAGGCUGACUCUUCCUUCAGAACUGACACGAGCUAGUAGCCCAAAAAGUCUAGCCACCAAAAGCUGCUGGUAAAAGAGAGUUAAGGAGAAGUGGCCCAGGUGGUAGAGGUUAGGUUUGCACAGGAUUGUUCUGUACAUCUCUAUAGCCCACAUUUGUCAUUAUUUGUAAGGAUGCAGAGAAUCUCUUGUGGCUUGUGGCAGCUGGUGCCAUCCUGCAGCCCGGCUCAGCUCCCUCCCUCCGUGCAGGCCUGAGGAGCAGCACUGAUCCUCGGGUGCUGGCACUGUUACACCAGACCGUACUGCAGGAGCUGGUCACUCCUGCCUUCCCCACCAGGGAGCCAGGAGGUGCAGUUGUAUGUGAACCACAGAGUGUGCCUGACUGGCAGGUGGGUUUGUUUUUUUUUUUUUUUAAAUCUUGACCCUUCCAGCUGCUAGAUAAAUUCCUGGUUAACUGUAGGAAGAGGCUAUAACUCCAGCAUGUCAUCUGUCAGUCUUCUUGCCUGUAGUUUUAUGCAACCAUGAUGGCUUCACUCUUUUGUUUGGGAGGCUGAGUAUUGUACAACGUUUGCUUUGACCUAUCUAUGCUUUUGCACAGAAUCGUUUUUCUGAAUAGCAGAAACAGUUACUACUCUUACAAAAUCAGGAGGAACAUCAUUAAGGACUGCACUCUUUGCAAAGUUGACACUUUCACCUGUAAAUGUUCAAUUUUCUGUCAAGAUUGUGUUUUUCAUUCCUAUCAAAACUGAGGUUCCUUUUAGCAUUUGGAUGACUGUUCCACGUUCCUACAUUGAAUGGAUAUUGUUGACUAACCAAGAAGCACAUGGCACAUCAUGAACUGUUAAAAUCAUUCAAAAACUGCAAAGAACUAAAAGCUGCUUCUUUAAAAAGAAGCUUAAGCAAAUCAGUCUUCCUCUUAAGGAUUUCAGUGUUGAUUUUUAUCUUUUUAAUUUUAUAAAUUGGAGAAAAUGUUUGUCUUCCAUUAUCUUAGGGCCCUUGGAGAGAACAGUUUUAGCACCCUGUGUCAGGAGGAACAGUAGGUGAAGCAACUGCAAGCAUUAUUGCAGUCUUCCAAAGGCCAGGUAUUUCACUGAUUCUCCCUAUUUUAGGAAACUGAUAUAAUUUUUCUCUUGUUAUGGACAAGCCAUUGAGGUGCUGAUUAGAACACAUCAGAGAUUUUCUUUACUUGCAUAAAAUGUUGUGUAUAUUAUGUGCUGAUUCCAGUACUGGUUUUUUCUCUCCCACCCUGCUGUAGUAUAAGUAGAACAGAACAGGAGAACUGGACUCAGUCUGUCACUGGAAGAAAAAUCAGAAAAGGGCUUUUUCUGAGGAUAACAGCUGUCUGUAACAGCUGUGGCUUCGCAGGGCUGACCACAAUCAGAAGCCAAGUAAGUGGCAUCAAGUGGGAAUGAGUAUGUUUCUGAGCAUACUUCCAAAUUGCUAGCAGCCACCAGAAGACUUCUUUUCUGGCAUUGAAGUAAGGAGAACAGCUCCUCCAAGUGUCAUCUUAAAAGACAAACAAGCAAACCAAGCCUUCUACCCACUGGCUCACAGUAGCAGUUUGGAAUUGAUCCUGCAUUUGAAUUGGAGCUUGCCUGCUAGUAAAAGUUGGCAGAGAACUGUUUUUUUAAAAAAAGAACAAAACCAAAACCUAAGCAGCCAACCCCCAAUUUCUGUGGACACAGCAUUUAAAUGGAAUUUGUCUAAUGUGGAAUGAGUUAUGUUCCUACUCUUUGUGGGGGGAAAAAUAAUUUGAGUGGCUCUUUACUGCAGCACAGUGUUAAGUUUGUAAUUCCAGUUAAGAUUUAAAAAAAAAAUUACCCCAAAACAAAUUUUUUGUCAAUUUUCUGUUGACAUGUCUGUUUUAAAACUUCAUGCUCAUUAUUUUCUGUCGUUUAAAGGCCAUUUAGUGUAAGGGUUUGCUGCUACUUUAGGAAACAGGCAGUAGAAAGUCAUUAAUUUGAACAAGGUGUCUCUUCACCUUAAUUCUUUUAUAUGGGAACAAAUAUUUAUAGAGUGCAGUUCUGUAAAUGUGUACUAAUAGAUUUGCCUUUUCCAGUGCAAGAUCAGGCUUCAGGUGGUCACAUACCCAUAGUCAAAUGGCUGCAUUUCAAAUCAUUACCUGCCUGAGUCUUGAUGCCAGCACUGAGCAGCACAGAGAUGCAGUGACAGGUCAUGUUUGCCCUGAUCAUGUACUUCUGUCUGUGCUUCUGCCUGCCCUUUACAGAUAGAUUCAGUCUUUCAGGUUUGUGAUCUGCAUGGGAUAGCAUCUGAGUUUUGUAAGACCAUGUGUGUAUGUAAUUACUGCAUAGAUGCAUGCACUUGUGAUGCAUAUCUGAUACAGCUGCAGAUGUGUUUUGCAGUCUAGCUGCAAGAGCCACUCUGCAUUUUAAUUUAUUUGAUGUUUGUUCUUUUACUGACACGGGUGAUGGUAUCAGAGAGAACUUGGCUCUGUAAGUUGAAGGCCUACAGAAUUUCACUCAGCUGUGCAGGACCAUGGCAUUUUGCAGGCUAGAAACAGGUGGGGAUGUAGCUCAUUAAAGGCAGGCCAAAGAUAGAAAUUCAAAAGCUUAAAGGUAACUCAUCUGUUAAAGCCAUUGUAAACAAAGUCCAAAUUAACUAAAAAUGCGCUCUGAUUUAUCAAAGUGAGGCUUAGAUUAAAAUCAACACAUUUCAAAAAAAGUGUUUCUUAAAUCACAAACAUGAUCUUGCUCACUCUCAGCAGUUAGACACUUCUUAAUUCUCUUUCAGGCAGGGGACUAGAAGGUUCCUACAGAUACACACUGUAUUUUAAAGAAAUGGGAGUGGGAAGGACUGUAGCCAUAGGAGCCUUGUCUGCAUUCAUACAAUGGCACAUUUAGUCCAAUGCUUACCAGAAACCUUAUUCUGAUACACAUUUUCCCACACCAACUUUCUCUGCUUUAUCUUCUGUUGUAUGUCUGGAAGUUUAUAGACCUUUAAAGAGACAGAGAAGCGAGUCUUCCAAUCAUGUUUUAUUUUGGGGGAGGUGAGUUUCUAUGUAAAUUUGUCACUUGGGUUCAGCUGCUUUACUUUUCUCUCCUUCUCUCCUGUGUCAUAUGUUAGGAAGACACAGACUUUGAAUCCCAAGCUGUCUAAGGAUCUUUCUUUCCAAGACUUAAGAUUCCACUGACAGCUGAGCCUCAAAAACCCCUUAACUUCUCCAGAUUAGAAGACAACAUAUAUUUUUAUAGAAAUGUAAUUGUGUAUUUUAAAAAAGUUUCCUGCAGCUUCUCCACAUGUAUUUUUCCCCUUGUAGUUCAGAUUUGAUAUAACCUUUUUUUGUGUUCAUUCAUUUUAUGUUCUGUUUUUAAAUUUGUAGUCAAAGCUUUGGUGUACUGUACAGGAGCAGUCAGCCUUUGUAAUUACUGUAUAAAUGCUUUAUAAUAAAGUAUAUUACUUUUAUUUUAACAAGUGAGCAGACACUUUCUUUUGUGUGUCUGCUGCCUAGGGCACCUUUUAAAAGACUGUUACAUGUUUAAAAUGUACAUAUAUAAAUAUAUUUACCUGUUGCUGUACAGUUGUGAUAGACUGGACUGAAUUUAUUUUUUGUGUGCUUUUUUAUAAAAUAUUAAUACACUAAAGGAAAUCUUGCGGAUGUGAUUGUAAUGUACUAUGUAACUUAUUUACUUAAUAUCCUCUAUAUAUCUAAAAAACCUUUUAUUAAAUGAGGUUUAAAAAAUAGA